UCUUUAAUGUCUCCUCAUAUGGGAUCCGUUCCCAACCCCUAAUAAUUUUAGUUGCCGUUCUGUGAUGUGUGUGUUUUCUGAGGGUUGAAUAACUCUCCAUUCUGCACACACACCGAUUUCUUCUUCCGUUUGGUAAGUUUUGUUUAUUAAUUUAGGAUCUGAUUUUACCAACACUUCCACACAUGCUUGUCUUUAGCCAUCUGAGCUGUCUCAUUGACUAUUAAAUCGCUGUUUCUGGUCAGGUUUAAAAAUGUCUCACAGAUUUAUUCCCGGUGGCAGGGGCUGAGUCUGUGCUAUAAUCAAACGACCAAGGCCUGGAACUUUAAUUACGGGACCCUAAACGUACAUUUCCAAAUCCUUAGUCAGGCAGUGGAAUAAGUGGCCUGGUAUCAAUAGCUCUGGACACUCAGAACCGAACCCCGGCGUUGCAGGCUCAGCGUUUUUGAAACUCAGGUCAUUUAUUGAGAUAACUGACUGUUGGGCCCUAACUUCAUGUAGCUCAUUUGUUUGCUUGACCCCAAGUAGAAGUUCCAAUUUCCAGACCUGAUGUGAUCUCUUGGCUGGAGUGAAGGGAGGAGCUGUGGGGCCCCAGACUCCAGGGAGAGGAGGAAAGAGAGAUACUGAGAGAUGCCCACAGAGCAGGCGAUGGGACGGUUAGUGAGACCGAGGAGGAGAACCCUCAGCGGGAGUCCUGAGCAGGUGGAACCACAUAGGACAGUUUGGGAAGAUCCAAGGUGAAUAUUUCCCAGUGACCAGGGAUGGGAAAAACUUGUAAGGCCCAGUCCAGGCCACAGGGGCAACAAGGAAAAGAGCCAAGGCAGAGACAGGGUGAAUCAGCUCACCGGAGCAGAGGGGUUGGAAAAAUCAAAGAAACUGCCCAGCAGAGAAUCCCCACUGGAGACAGACCCAGUAUGUUUGGUGACUCUGGGAAAAGCUUACCUGGGAGUUCAGCCCAUCUUAUGCAGCAGACAAUCCACAAGGGGAAAAAACCCUAUAGAUGUGCUGAGUGUGGGAAAAGCUUUUCUCAGAGUACUACGCUCAUUAACCAUCAGAGAAUCCACACAGGAGAAACACCCUAUACAUGUCUGAUGUGUGGGAAAAGCUUCCGAUACAGUUCAGUCCUUGCUACACAUCAGAGAAAACACACUGGAGAGAAACCUUAUAAAUGUCCUGAGUGUCAAAAAACAUUCAGUGGCAGUGGAAACUUUAACAGGCAUCAGAAGAUGCACACAGGAGAGAAGCCCUUCAAAUGCACUGAGUGUGGGAAAAGCUUCAGGGAGGGCUACCACCUUGUUUCACAUCAGAGAAUGCACACGGGAGAGAGACCCUAUGAAUGCCCUGACUGUGGGAAACACUUCUCUGACACUGCUGGACUCAUUAUCCAUCAGAGAAUCCACACAGGAGAGAAGCCCUAUAUGUGCCCCAACUGUGGGAUCAGCUUUGUUCAGCCCUCACAACUUGUUAGACACCAGAGAAUCCACACGGGAGAAAAGCCCUAUAAAUGCCUGACCUGUGGGAAAAGCUUCAGUGAUAAGUCACUUUUAAAUCAACACCAGAGAAUCCACACAGGAGAAAAACCCUAUACAUGUCUGACCUGUGGGAAAAGCUUCAGAUACAGUUCAGCUUUUACCACACAUCAGAGAAAACACACUGGAGAGAAACCUUAUAAAUGCUCUGAGUGUGGGAAAAGCUUCAGUAGCAUCACAACCUUUAACGGUCAUCGGAAGAUACACACAGGAGAGAAGCCCUUCAAAUGCUCUGAUUGUGGGAAAAGCUUCAGGAGGCGCCCAGACCUUAAUGUACAUCAGAGAACACACACAGGAGAGAAACCCUAUAAAUGCCUGAUCUGUGGGAAAACAUACCGGUGUAGCUCACACCUUUCGAAACAUCAGAGAAUCCACACAAGCAAGAAAUCCUUGAAGUGCCCUGAGGGAAGGGCCAAGUGAAUAACGUCUUUGCCAAUUCCCUUGAAUCUCAGAGCGUCAGGCCAGGCUGGAGUGGCUGUGUAAUGGGGAUAUGCAAA